CCGGCCCGCCAGCCCUCCCUGUUGCAGCGCCCCGAAUUGAGCCAUGCUCGGCCGCCAGACUCCUUGCCGCCCCCUCCCCCUCGCCCCCCUCCUCCUCCUCCUCUUCCUGGCCUCCCCGGCCAGUCCGGGGCCCAAGGAGAGUGACUUCUACAACUUCAAGGUGGUCAAUAUCAGGGGCAAGUGGGUGUCCCUGGAGAAGUACCGCGGCUCGGUAUCACUCGUUGUCAAUGUGGCCAGUGAGUGUGGCUACACAGACCAGCAUUACCGAGCCCUUCAGCAGCUGCAGCGGGAACUGGGUCCACACCAUUUCAAUGUUCUGGCCUUUCCUUGCAACCAGUUUGGUCAGCAGGAGCCAGACACCAACAAGGAGAUUGAGAACUUUGCCCGGAAGACCUAUGGAGUCUCCUUCCCUAUGUUCAGCAAGAUCGCUGUCCGUGGUUCUGGGGCCAAUGCUGCCUUCAAGUAUCUUAUUGAAUCCUCCGGGGAAGAGCCAACUUGGAAUUUCUGGAAGUACCUAGUAGCUCCAAAUGGAAAAGUGGUGGGAGCCUGGGACCCAACUGUGUCAGUGGAGGAGAUUCGACCCAAGAUCCAUGAGCUCGUGGGGAAACUCAUCGUGGGGAAGAAGGAUGAGUUAUAAUCACUCCUGACUUUCUCCUUGAUUUCAAAAUGCCAAAUGUGAAUGCCAAAUGUGAAUGCCAAAAUUUUCCCACAGGUGCCUUUCAGGGAGAGAUUCCUCCUUUCUUGCUCUUCCAAUCAAAAAAAAGAAACAAAAAACCCUGGGGUUUUCAGUGAUAUUUUUCUACUUGUAAUCUAGACAGAGCCAAUAAGAACCUGAGACCAAUAAGAACUCAGUGGCUUAUAAGAAUUUGUGGCUACUAAUAUCUCAGAAUCUCUUCCAACUUUAUUGGGACCAAUAAACACUCAGCAGCCUAUAAGAACUUGUGACAAAUAAGGUCUCAUCAGCCUAUAAGAACUUGUGGCCAAUAAGAACCCAACAGCCAAUAAGACUUGAGACCAACAAGAGCUCAGUAUCCUAAAAGAGUUCAACAUCCAGUAAGAACUUGUAGCCAAUAAGAAUUUUUCAUCAACCCGUAAGAAGUUGUGGCUACUGAGAUCUUAAUAAUUAAUAAAAACUUGGAGUCAAUAAGGAUUCAGCAGCCUUUAAGAACUUCUGGCCAAUCAGAGGUCAAGAGGUAAUAAAUAGUUGUAACCCACAAGAAUUCCUCAUCAGCCUAUGAGAACUUGCAGCUAUUAAGCUCUGAGUAACCAGUAAGAACCUGAGGUCAAUAAAUGCUCAUCAACCUAUGAGAACUUGUGGUUAGUAAGAUCCCAGUAACCAGCAAAACUUGUGCCCAAUAAGAAAUCCUCAUAACCUAUAAAAACUACUGGCUAUUAAGGUCCCAGUAACUAAUAAAAACAGGGGCCCAAUAAGGACUCAGCAACAAGAAAUGAUAAGAUCUAAGUAGCCAGUAAUAACUCAUGGGCAAUAAGGGACUUAUAAAUAAAAAAGAAUUUAUAGCCAAUAACCCAUCAAACCUCACUAGCCAAUGAGAACUGUAGUCUAUAGAAACUCGAAAUCAAAAAGAACUAACCAACUAGUCAAAAUUCCCUGCCAUUUAGAAGCUACCAACCGACUUCAAAAUGUCUGUGUGAGCAGGUCUGGGAGUAAGUGCCAGAGAGUGGGGAAGAAAGGUCGGAAGACCUUAGUGCCUGUGGGAGGAGAAGAGAAAGUGAAAAGGAGGGGGUGAAGGACCCUGGUGAAUAACAAGUAUUGAAGCCCCAGGAUGAUUCCCACUACUAAGACGACCAAACUGGAAUUAAGGAAGCCUGGUGCUAGUCCCAGUUAUGGGACAGGCACAACUUCACGCUAGGAUCUGGCAUAAGCUGCCUCCUUCUCUAGACUUCAUUUUCCCCACUUAUAAAGUGGGGCCUGGUUGAACUAGAUGGUGUCUGAUAUUCCUUCUACUCCUGAUAUCCCAGGGAUCCUUGAUGGUCCUUCCUUACUAUGCUCUACCAUGGGGUCCUUGUGACUCUGAAACCAACCUCCCUUGCUGAUCACAGCUCUCUUCAAGCAGGGCACAGGAAGUAGGGUAAGGAGCUUUCUGACACACUUGGAGUCCAACUCAGGAUGCCCCACGUACUAUUCACAGCAUGUUAUACUGGGGGGUGGGACCCUGAAGACCAUGUAGUUCAAGCCCCUCAGAACCUCCUUAGAACUUCUGGGCUGGAAGGACCCUAGAGACCAUCAGAAACUAAAUAAAAGUCACUACCAUUGA